GUUUGGAUGGGGUAUCGUAGCUGUUCGGUCCGUGGGGACGCCGAUGAGUGUGUGGUCCGUCUCUACCUUUAGCCUCCAGGGCCUUAUAACACCAGCCUGCAACCCUAUGAACUCCAGGAGACCUUAUCUAGAGAACCUCCAGCAGCAUCUAGAGAACCUCCAGAAGAAGUCCUCUAGCUGAAGGUGUCGGACUGCGGCAGAAGAAAUGCAACGGAUGGACAUGGAUGAAGACGGGAUCCGAAACCUCAUGGUUCCUCAAGGGGGGGUGAAGGAACGGUGCCGGCCCUCCAGGUGUCUGACCGCUGGGCUGCUGCUGCUGCUGUGUGCCUCAUCCCUGGCUGGAAACGUAACUCAGUUUUACUUUGGAGGUGGUGUGGGCAAGAGGCUUCACAACGCCUUCACCAAGCAAGAGGAGCAACUACAGGAGAGAUACAGGAACCUGACGAGGAACAGCACGGGUCUGCACGAUAGAUACCAGACUCUGGCUGCCGAGAGAGCCAGUCUUCAACUAAGUAACCACGCUUUGACCCAAGAGAGAGACCAGAUCCAGGGCAAGGCUAACAGCCUUACCAAAGAGAGAGACCAGCUACAGGGUCAGGCUAGCACCCUUACCAAAGAGAGAGACCAGAUACAGGGCCGGUUUAAGACCCUUACCAAAGAGAGAGACCAGCUACAGGGACAGGCUAGCACACUUACCUCAGAGAGAGACCAGCUAAAGGGCCGAUUUAACACACUUACUAAAGAGAGGGACCAGCUACAGGGGCAGGCUAGCACCCUUACCAAAGAGAGAGACCAGAUACAGGGCCGGUUUAGCACCCUUACUAAAGAGAGAGACCAGCUACAGGGUCUGGCUAGCACCCUUACUAAAGAGAGAGACCAGUUACAGGGCCAGGCUAGCACCCUUACCAAAGAGAGAGACCAGCUUCAGGGCCGGUUUAGCAUCCUUACCAAAGAGAGAGACCAGCUACAGGGCCGGUUUAGCAACCUUACUAAAGAGAGAGACCAGCUACAGGGACGGUUUAGCACCCUUACCAAAGAGAGAGACCAGCUACAGGGCCAGGCUAGCACCCUUACCAAAGAGAGAGACCAGCUACAAGGCCGGUUUAGCACCCUUACUAAAGAGAGAGACCAGCUAAAGGGCCAGGCUAGCACCCUUACCAAAGAAAGAGAUCAGCUACAGGGCCGGUUUAGCACACUUACUAAAGAGAGAGACCAGUUACAGGGCCAGGCUAGCACCCUUACCAAAGAGAGAGACCAGCUUCAGGGCCGGUUUAGCAUCCUUACCAAAGAGAGAGACCAGCUACAGGGCCGGUUUAGCAACCUUACUAAAGAGAGAGACCAGCUACAGGGACGGUUUAGCACCCUUACCAAAGAGAGAGACCAGCUACAGGGCCAGGCUAGCACCCUUACCAAAGAGAGAGACCAGCUACAAGGCCGGUUUAGCACCCUUACUAAAGAGAGAGACCAGCUACAGGGGCAGGCUAGCACCCUUACCAAAGAGAGAGACCAGAUACAGGGCCGGUUUAGCACCCUUACUAAAGAGAGAGACCAGCUACAGGGUCUGGCUAGCACCCUUACUAAAGAGAGAGACCAGUUACAGGGCCAGGCUAGCACCCUUACCAAAGAGAGAGACCAGCUUCAGGGCCGGUUUAGCAUCCUUACCAAAGAGAGAGACCAGCUACAGGGCCGGUUUAGCAACCUUACUAAAGAGAGAGACCAGCUACAGGGACGGUUUAGCACCCUUACCAAAGAGAGAGACCAGCUACAGGGCCAGGCUAGCACCCUUACCAAAGAGAGAGACCAGCUACAAGGCCGGUUUAGCACCCUUACUAAAGAGAGAGACCAGCUAAAGGGCCAGGCUAGCACCCUUACCAAAGAAAGAGAUCAGCUACAGGGCCGGUUUAGCACACUUACUAAAGAGAGAGACCAGCUACAGGGCCGGUUUAGCACCCUUACCAAAGAGAGAAGCCAGCUACGGAGCCAGGCUAGCACCCUUACCAAAGAGAGAGACCAGCUACAGGGCCGGUUAAGCACCCUUACUAAAGAGAGAGACCAGCUAAAGGGCCAGGCUAGCACCCUUACCAAAGAAAGAGAUCAGCUACAGGGCCGGUUUAGCACCCUUACUAAAGAGAGAGACCUGCUACAGGGACGGUUAAGCACCCUUACUAAAGAGAGAGACCAGCUACAGGGCCGUUUUAGCACCAUUAGCAAAGAGAGAGACCAGUUAAAGAGCCAGGCUAGCACCCUUACCAAAGAGAGAGACCAGCUACAGGACUCAAGCUCCAAACUCAUGAAGGAGGUCAAAACCCUGAAUGAUACAGUUGAAUCCCGGAAGUGUCCUCCGGGAUGGAUUAAGUUCCAGUGCAGUUGUUACAAAGGCCAUACUGGCGAAAAGAACUGGGAAGACAGCCGCCAGUACUGCAAGAGCCAACAGGCUGACCUGGUGAUCAUCAACAGCAGAGAGGAGCAGAUAUUUGUCAAUAGUUUGCUCCCGGCAGACACGGACAACUGGAUAGGUUUGAGUGACAAAUGGAUCGAAGGGGUUUGGACCUGGGUGGACGGAACCAGCCCCAACACAACGUAUUGGGGGAGGAACCAGCCAAACAGCCACGGCGGCAAUCAGGACUGUGUCGAGUUCCUCCACAGGGCAGCAAAAAAAACAUGGAAUGGCGGAGGAUGGAACGACCUCGACUGUAAAGUGUUAAGCGGCUGCAUUUGUGAGAAGUAGAGAGUAAAUGUGUUUGGUAUGGGGAUGGAUGUGUGACGUCCAUCACCAGGGGAUGUUAGGAUGUUGCUCGGGAAGGUCCGGAUAUACCUCCUGUCUCCGAACUGUCUUGUGUUGUAUACCGGGAAUGGGUUAACCUAGUGAAUGUUAGUGCUUUGCACUUGUUUCUAUGAACAUCCUUACUGUACCGACAACGAUAUAUUGUUGUUUCUCUUUGUCCUGUCAAAUGUACUAAGUUGCUUGUGGUAAAAGCAUUUGCUAAAUAUCCUAAAUGUAAAUGUAGCGAUGUUUGGAUCUGUCUACGGAUGUCUGGAUGUGUCUAGUGAUGUCUGGAUGUGGCUACUGAGUUCUGGAUGUGUCUAGUGAUGUCUGGAUGUGUCUACUGAGUUCUGGUUGUGUCUAGUGAUGGAGGUGUCUGGAUGUGAUCUCUGAUUGUCACCAGAUGUGCACAAUGACGUUUUAAUGCUUCAUGUUUUUGUUGUAAUGUCGUCAAAUCUAUACAUUUAUCAGAUCAAAUGUUGAGGUGACUGAACUGGUUUACUAUACUGUCACUCGCCCCCUCUUCUCCUCGCUUGUGUUCUGUGAUUGUACUGUGAUUAUUCAUAACCUGGGGCAUAUCUGUAGAAUGUGCUAUCUGUGAAAUUCAUAUGCACUGAUUUGGGUGAAUACACAUAAGGAAUAAUCUAUGUAACAAAACCUGUUGUUCAUCGUUAACAUAAAGCAUUUAUUAUUCAAGCCUACGAUGUCUUCCUCAGAUCAGAUAAGUGUGUUUAACACAACUGUAAAAAACAACACAACUUCAAGUCACUCUGGCUGAGAGCAUCGGCUCUAUGAACUGAAGCUAUAGACUGAAGUUCACAACAGUUUGAAGCCUUAGCCUUGCAGACAACAAUCACCUGUCCAGAGAUGUAGUCAUCUUUAGCAGUGCUUUAUAGUCGAUAAUCAAUAAUCCCCAAGAAAAACCCAUCGCCAUAUUUAUCAACAGAAAAUAGUCAAACAUUUCGUGAUAUUAAGUCUUUUAAACUGUGAAUAUGUGUCGACCUGUGGGGAAGGGGAGGGGUUCUAACAUCGGAGGAGCGCCUUCCCUUGUGUUCCACAACCAUCCCAACAUCAGGAAGAUGAGUCAACAUCACUGCUGGUUCCACUGGACUGGUCCUUCUGGGUGUUGCAUGGUUGGACGACUUCCAGAAGCUCUACUUACUCCAUCAAAACUUGGAAAAAAGGUUCAGAAGUCUUUAUCGAUCUUGAACAGUGAACAAAGACCCACGAGUCGGUCUGUGUCAAAACAAAGAUUGGUUUUGGCUCUAUCACUGCGUCAAAUAUUUUGAGCCAGAUCUUAAUUGGGAUGUCUAGUUUGAUAUUUCUUUUUAUGGCAUAAAAUGCCCUCCUUGCCUUGUCUCUCAGGUCAUUAACAGCUUUGUUGAAAUUUCCUGUGGCGUUCAUGUUUAUGCCGAGGCAGGUAUAAUUUUUUGUUUGCUCUAGAGUAACAGUGUCUAGGUGGAAUGUG